AUGCUAGAAAACAUGAGCACGGUAGAGUUUAUCAACGCGUUACGUCGCUUCGUGGCAAGGCAUGGACUACCCACGUCAAUCACAUACGAUAACGCACCCACGUUCAUAUUGACGUCAUCCAUUCUGAAAAGCAGAACAAAAGAGCCACAACUGAACGAAGAAGCCACUAACCUACCAAUCCGCAACAGGAGAACACAAGAGGAUUUAACGUCAAUAAGACCAGUGGAUUUCCUUCAACGCGACAUCAAUAUCACAUUCCCACAUGAACGACUCGUCGAACCCACCGACGACGACACAGAUUACUUGCCACCAGAUGAACUACGCACACUCCAAACACGGCAAAAAGUGAACACGGCACUGAAAUCUUCCUGCGAAGCCACGGCGAAAUUCUGGAAAAUUUGGCAAGACCAAUACCUCACAAGUUUACGAGAAAAACAUAAGACAUGGCUGACGAAUCAAGAACACGGUCAGCAAGGCCCGAAGAUCGGGGACGUCGUGCUCGUUUGCGACCCAAUCUUACCGAGAAAUGAGUGGAGAAUGGCUAGAAUAACGGGCACCCACAGAGGUUCAGAUAAGUCCAUACGAGAAAUGGAACUUAUCACAUCCACACAUUGGAAGAUCCGACGCCCAGUAAACUUAAUAACACCACUCGAAAUCUCCGCCCACUCCUCGAACCCCGGAUCCAGUGAGCGGGAGGGAAACGAGGAUGGAGCAAGACGAUCAAACAACCGCGAAGGAAACUACGGCAAGAUAUAA